AUGCGGUGGACGACCACAACCACCACGUUGUGGAUUCUUCCGACGCUGGCGUCGGCGUGGGUUUCGGUCGGCCGCGACGCGCCAACGCGUCCCCCGACCAACCUCGCCGUCUCACGCCGUGACUUCUGGACGACGACCACCGCCGCCGCGGCGUCGGCGUUCCUAUUCCCAAACACACCGGCGUCGGCCGGAUUGUUGGAAGACUACGGGACGGAUCCUUCCAAAAUACGGGACGUGGCGGGGGAAGAACGGGAACGACAAAAAGUCGCCGCCCGGGCCGUCGCCAAGGCCGAAUCCGACGUCGAACCCAAUUUGCGAGCCAAUUACUACUAUCCCACCAAUAAGAAACGGUAUUUGCCGCGGAUCAAACGCUGUAACGACGCCAUUCCCGACGCUGCCGACGCCAUCGGCACCGGCGACUGGCUAGUCGUCACGGACUUUGCCAACAAAAUUGCCGACGAUACCAUACUCCCCAUGCGACUCUACACCAGCUCGCUCGUGGGUGGAGGGACGAACGUCAAAGUCGCCUUUGCCAAGGAAAUGAACAAGGCCGCGGAUGAUUUCGAAAAGGCGCAGAAGAAACUCGUCAAGGCCACCGCCAAGCAAGACCGGGAAGCCAGUAGCGUGGCCCUCGAAGACUUGGCCACGGCUUUGCAAACAUACCGUGUCGCGGGUAAGCUCCUGGGCCCGGAUGGAGGAGGAGACAUUCCCUCGGUCGACGACAUUCGACGAUCGGCGUGUCGAGUCCAGGGACGAACCUUUGAACAACGUAUCAAACAACGCGAUUCGCGAGUCUUGCAGACCAACGCGACACCCGGGAUAGACGCUCCGAACAACGGAAUGUAA